CAACUUUGCUUUUGGCCCAUGGUUUUUCCGAAACCUUUUUGCUUUUGGCCUUUUCAUCUUUUAAUAUAGACCGUCAGAUCUUAUUACUUUAAAUCCACUUUAGAUUACAACCUUUUAAUAUGGACAGUCAGAUCUUAGUGAUCUCAUCUUUUAAUACCGUAGAACAUCUUCAGAGUUCUCAACUGUACAGCAGAAAUCUCCGACAAUUAGAGAGAGCUCCACACUGGCCAAGUGACUUUGGAAGAGGAGUAUUUGCUAUCAAUCACUUCACCGGCACCAAAAUAUGGCCGACUCUUCACAGCCAGAUAUGAGCAUCACAGAAAAGAAGCGUUUGACUUGCUUUUUUUAUUACGGUGGAGAAAGGAGGGUUCUCCCGAAUGGUACCUUCCAGUAUGUCGGGGGUGUUUCUGAAGCUAUGCUGAUUGAAGACGACAUGGCAAGAGGGGAGUUGCUUUCGAGAAUCGUUUCUCGCCUGAGUAUAUCGUUGCAUAACAAGUUAAUCUUUCACAACACGAAGAUGGACAAGACAAAGUACCUACGCGUGAGAGACACUAACGGAGUAAAAAUGAUGUUUUACUUGAAUGAAGACGAAGUUGAUGUGUUUGUUGAGGAACAGUACCCUUUCGAUACUAGUACCAGGGAAUCCAACAUUGUGGAAAGCAAUAAAACUCCGAGAGAAAUGCUUCGAAAGGCUACAAAGAAGAAGAAAAAUCAUUCCACAAAGCAGAAACAAGAAGAGGAGCCGGAGGAUGAACCCUCCGAUAAUCCAGAGGAAGACGCCCCUUCUUCAAGGCCAGAGAUGAAGCCACAAGAUAUGAGCAUCACAGGAAAGAAGCGUUUGACUUGCUUUCUCUAUUGCGGUGGAGAAAGGAGGGUACUCCCGAAUGGUACCUUUCAUUAUGUUGGGGGCAUUUCUGAAGCUAUGCUGAUUGAAGACAACGCGUCGAACAAGGUGUUGCUUUUAAAAAUCAGUUCUUGCCUAAAUGUAUCGUUGCAUAACAAGUCAAUCUUUUACAACACGAAGAGUGACAAGACAAAGUAUCUACGCGUGAAAGACAACAAUGGAGUAAAAAUGAUGUUUUACUUGAAUGAAGAUGAAGUUGAUGUGUUUGUUGACGAAGACCCUUUCGAUACUAGUACCAGGGAAUCGAACAUUGUGGAAAGCAAUAAAGCACCGAGAGAUAUGAGCAUCACAGAAAACAAACGUUUGACUUGCUUUUACUAUUACGGCGGAGAAAGGAGGGUACUCCUGAAUGAUACCUUUGAUUAUGUUGGGGGCGUUUGUGGAGCUAUGUUGAUUGAAGACAACGUGUCAAACGAGGAGUUGCUUUCAAAAAUCAGUUCUUGCCUAAAUAUAUCAUUGCAUAACAUGUUGAUCUUUCACAACAUGAAGAGGGACAAGACAAAGUACCUAUGCGUGAGAGACGAUAAUGGAGUAAAAAUGUUGUUUUAUUUGAAUGAAGAUGAAGUUGAUGUGUUUGUUGACAAAGACCCUAUCCAUGCUAGUACCAGAGAAUCGAACAUUGUGGAAAGCAAUGAAACUCCGAGAGCCGCAGGGAACAUUGAACGGAGGGAAGAGAAGAAGUACAAGUGGUGGAGAUACAUUCCACUUGUCAAGGCUACUCUUAGAGGAGACUGGAAAACAGCAGAGAAUUUCUUCCAACGGGAUAAAUCCGCAUUGACGGGACCAAUCAAGGAAACAGGGGACACAGCCCUCCACAUAGCAGUAGGGGUAGGAAAGGAAAACAUCCAUUUUGUGGAGAAGUUGGUGGAGCUAAUGCCUGUGGAGGCAUUGGCGUUGAAAAACAUGGAUGGCAACACCCCGCUUCAUUUGGCCGCCUCCAUCGGCAACACCAAGGCCGCCGCUAUGUUGGUGGGAAAACACCUGCCUUUGCUUUAUAUUGGCACGUCCGUUGUUUUUUACGGCGAUUAUAUGUUGCCCAUCCAUUGUGCGGCUCUAUAUGGUCGGAGGGACACACUUUUGUGUUUAUCGGAUGUCACUAGUGAUGAUCAAGUGGCCGUCAAUGAACAUUCUUGCGCUAUUUUUGUUCAUUGGUUAAUAUCUUCAGAGUUCUUCGAUAUAGCUUUGAAAUGGGUUGAGAAAUAUCCUCGUUUAGCUAUACGCAAAUUUGAAUUUCUUCCUUCUGCAUUGGAAGCGAUGGCUGGGAAGUGCUCUGCAUUUCCAAGUGGAAGUCAGCUCAACUUUUGGCAGCGCAAAAUAUAUCCUUAUGUUCCUGUGAAGUUGGACAAGUGCUCUGUUAAAGACCAAAAUAAAAGAGAUGACGUUGAGAUGAGCAUCCCUCAAGUGAUGUCGUCUCAUGCGCACGAGGACAAUCGGGCUCAAUCUUUUGGGAAAAACAUCUCCAUUUUUGGGCAUCCAGUGAGCCAAAAUUUGCAGGCUACUCUGUGGAAAGUCUUGGAAUUUUCAGCAGUGCCUCAAACCAAACACAUUCGAAAGGAAAAAUUGAGACAUGUUCAAGCGCUUCAACUGGUGAAAACCUUGUGUGAGAAAAUUACACACUAUGACGGUGUUGGUUAUGAUAAUGUUGCCGGUAAUGCUAUGGUUACAGCAAUACAAAAUGGUGUUCCCGAGAUCAUAGAAGAGAUUGCCGAUAGGUUUCCGAGUUUAAUUUGGAUAAAAAUUGACGAAGAUCAAAACUUAUUUCAUCAAGCAGUUAAAAAUCGUGACGAAAAAGUUUUCAACCUCGUAUAUCAAAUGAGUGACCAAAGAUACAUUGCUACCAAUAUCAUCGGAAAUUGGACGGGGAACACUAUUUUGCACUUGGCUGGACGUCUCGCUCCACAAAAGAAACUCAGUCUUGUUGCUGGUCCAGCUUUGCAGAUGCAACGCGAACUACAGUGGUUUGAGGAGGUGAAGAAGUUCGUACACCCGGGUUUAAUAGAGUUCCGAAAUGGAGAAGGAGAAACUCCUGAGAUGGUGUUUACGAAAGAACACAUGCAUUUGGUGGCUGAAGGAGGGCACUGGAUGAAAGAAACAGCAAGCUCAUGCACAGUCCCGGCAGCGCUCAUUGUCACGAUUGUCUUUGCAGCAGCAAUAACCGUUCCGGGCGGCAACAGUGGCAAUACCGGCCUCCCAGUUUUCUACCAAAAAGUGGCAUUCAUUAUCUUCGCCGUGUCAGACGCAUUCUCUCUCUUCAUGUCUGCCACAUCGCUGUUAAUGUUUUUGUCCAUCCUGAAUUUUCCCUACGAGGAGCGCGAUUUUCUCUAUGUUCUUCCCAAGAGGCUAAUAAUUGGACUGUUCACUCUAUUCCUGUCUAUAACAGCAAUGGUGGUGGCAUUUAGUUGCACACUCUAUCUCAUGUUUGGGCAAAAUAAGGCGUGGAUACUUAUUCCAGUGGCUGCAUUAGCUUGUCUACCAAUCACGUCAUUCGUCACCUUACAAUUUCCCCUCCUUGUCACUCUCAUCUCUUCCACAUAUGGCAGCGGCGUUUUUGGCAAGCAAAGUGAUAGGAUGCUUCAUUAGCAUGAUGAUCAGCACAAGGUGAAAAAAAUCCAAGCAUCUUGGCAUCAAGGGCAGAACCGUGAUUCGUAAAUAAAGGCUCAAAUGCCUUAAGACCAGAACCAGUAAGUAUUUGGUCAAAUUUGCUAUCGAGUGUAGAAAUUGAAAUUUAUUUUUAUAAGAAUUCUUAAGGUAUUGCGGUGUGUAAAUGAUGUGCACCCUUUGAGAAUAAAUUGGUUGUUUCACU